GUUCGUGUUCUUCAGGGGAGACAAGAGCUCAAGCAGAGUAAUUACUAGCUAGCGUGCUACAAGGCUACAAGCUACGUCUAAAUCUAUCGAUCGCCAUGGCGCCUGAGGCUGCUGUUCCCGCCGGCGAGGACCUGACCAUCCGCGUCGUGAGCCGCCGCCUCGUCAAGGCCUCCGACGCCACCAUCCAGCCGCACGUCGCCACCGUCUCCAACCUUGACCUCUACUUCAACAACUACCAGGCCUCCAUGGUCUGCCUCUACCCCAGCAACCUCCCCGUGGCCGGCGUCGCCGGCAGCUUCGACGCCGUCGUCGCCGCCUUCGAGGCCGGCCUCCCGUCGCUGCUCAACCACUUCUACCCCCUCGCCGGCCGGAUCGUCGUCGACCCUGUCUCCCGCCUCCCCGAGCUGCACUGCCACAACCAGGGCGCGGAGCUCGUCGUCGGCGAGGUCGACGCCGCGCUGGGCAGCCUGGACUUCGCCGGGAUGGACGGGUCGCUGAGGAGGAUCUUGCUGCCGUACCCCGACGACGUCAUGCUGUCCGUGCAGCUGCUGCGCUUCGCCUGCGGCGGCUUCUCCGUCGUGUGGGGCAACAACCACCUCCCCAACGACGGCCACGGCAUCUCCAUGGUCGUCAGGAUGUGGUAGGAGCUGGCGCGGACGGGGAGGAUCGGCGACGGGGUUGUCGUCAACCACGACCGGUCGGUGUUCCGCCCCCGCAGCCCGCCGUCGUACGGCGCCGCCGUCCGCGCCACGUUCGCGGCCUACCACGACGAGAGCCGGCUGGUGAACGUCCUGACAACGCAGGACAGCUUCGUGGAGCGGCUCUACUACAUCGAGGCCGGCGACGUCGCCCGGCUGCGCGACAUGGCGAGCACCGGGCAGCGGCGCGCGUCGCGGGUGCAGGCGGUGUCGGCGUUCCUGUGGAAGGCGCUCGCCGGCGUGGUGGCGGCGUCGCGCGUGCCCGAGGAGCGGUGCCGGAUGGGGUGGUGGGUGGACGCGCGGCGGCGGGUGGCGUCGCCCGCGCUGGUCCCGGCGAUGCACAGCUUCUUCGGCAACAUGACGGCGUACGCCCUCGGCGAGGCGGCCGUGGAGGAGAUCCUGGAGAGGCCGCUGGCGGAGGUGGCGGCCAUGGCGCGGGAGGCCAUCGCGUCGAUCGCCUACGACGCGUACGUGCAGGAGCUCGUGGACUGGGUGGAGGAGCACAAGGCGGAGAAGAUGAUGGAGGUGAGCGCGCUCGGGCUGGGCUCGCCGACGGUGAACCAGACGGUGUUCGCGUCGUUCCCGCUGGACACCGACUUCGGGUUCGGCGAGGCGACGCUGGCCAUGCCCGUGUGGGAGAACGGGAGGGUGAGCUCCGGGACGCUGGCCGUCGGAGCGCGGCCGGGAGGCGACGGGUCGUGGCUGGUGAGCGCCUACAUAUGGCCGCGGCUGGCGGCGGCGCUGGAGUCCGACGACCACCGCAUCUUCAAGCCUCUCACGGCGGCGUACCUCGGCUUCGUCUAAUUCACUUGCUAGGCACGCCUUAAUUCGCUCUCUCGUGUGUCGUUCUUAAUUAAUCGUUGACUUUGAACAUGAUAUUUAACUUUUGUCUUACUUGGAAAAAAUGAUGUGUGUUGUAACGAGUGAAGUCUAUUUUAAUAUUAUUAUUGUUAUAUGGUCUAGUUAAUAUUAAAUUUA